CCAACAUGCAAAAGCUAAAGUUCUUUCGUUUAAUCCCAAUGAUGUCGUUCGCUUGACAUUUUUUCCCACAAGCGAGCAAUCAGAACAACGCAACCUAUUUCGACUUUUCCGUUUUCUCCAUCCUCGUAGCUUCUGAUUCCAAUGGACGACGAGACCCGAGCACCGGAUGAUCCGAUGAUGGAAGACGACCCCUCUUCCACAGUCCUCGACCUCACCAGCUACCAACUCCACGAUCUCGACUCGGUCGACUUGCCCCCGAGUCUCACCGAGUUGGACCUGACGGCAAACCGGUUGUCGGCCUUGGACUCUCGGAUUGGGCAACUCUCCAACCUCAAAAAGCUGUCUCUCCGCCAAAACCUCGUCGAUGACAACGCCGUUGAGCCGAUCUCUCGCUGGGACGCAUUGUCAGGCCUCGAGGAGCUGGUGCUCAGAGAUAAUAAGCUAACGAAAAUUCCUGACGCCAGCAUAUUCAAGAAGCUUUUGGUUUUCGAUGUUUCUUUCAAUGAGAUCACUUCGUUGCACGGAUUGGCCAAGGUCUCCAACACGCUCAAGGAACUCUAUGUAUCCAAAAAUGAGGUUACUAAAAUGGAGGAGAUUGACCACUUUUAUGAUCUGCAAAUUCUUGAACUUGGCUCCAACAGAUUGCGGGUAAUAGAGAAUUUGCAGAACUUAACAAAUUUACAGGAGUUAUGGCUGGGGCGAAAUCGUAUCAAAGUAGUAAACCUGUGUGGGCUGAAAUGCAUCAAGAAGAUUAGCUUGCAAAGCAAUCGUUUAACUUCUACAACAGGAUUUGAGGAUUGCGUUGCUCUGGAAGAACUAUACUUGAGCCAUAAUGGUAUUUCUAAGAUGGAAGGCCUGUCAUCUUUAGUCAACCUCCGAGUUUUGGAUGUAUCAUCAAACAAGCUAACAUCAGUGAAUGACAUUCAAAACCUGCCGAGGUUGGAAGAUCUAUGGCUUAACGACAACCAAAUAGAAUCGCUUGAAGACCUUGCUGAGGCUGCUGUCGGUUCAAGAGAGACACUCACCACCAUCUACUUAGAAAAUAAUCCAUGUGCAAAGUCUCCAAGCUAUUCUGCUACACUCAGACAAAUCUUCCCAAACAUCCAACAAAUUGAUUCUGAUGUGUUUGCUUAAAAGGUUUAUGUGGCUACAGCUUUUGUCAAGACCGUUGUAGUCAGAAGCCCCAGCCAGAAGUAAUAACCCUGCAUGAGUUACUUCCUAUUUUUGCUCUCUCCAUUCUUCAUAAUUGAGUGUUGCUGCCUUCAGCUUAAUAGGCUGUGUGUUCACUAAUCUGGCUUGCAGGCAAACUGUGGUUCUGGAGGUCGCUUAAAAGGCAAGUAGUGGUUUUGGAAGAACACCCUUUAUCCUAGGAACAUGUUGAUCAAGCAUGGCAUAUUCAAGACUCGUGCCUGCUCUUUUGGUUAUGAGGCAUUUGAUUAACUAAUUUUUCUCGGGACCACCUUCUUCCUUGUUUCCUUUUUUUUGGCUAAAUUUUGAAGUAAAUUGUCUAUGUUAUGGUCGUUUUAAGCAACUUUGUUACUCCUGUUACAGAAGGAUGUGUGAUGAAAUGCUGUGAACUCAUAGAGGUGUAAUUAGUAUUAGAAACUUCGUUUACGGGGUCUUCAAAGAAGUAUAAUGUUGACUUGAAAGUUCAUGCA